UGCAAAUCUUUAAACCACUUCUACUACUCGAAGAGUAAAUUUAACUUAAUAUCAAUACCAAAUCAAAACAACAUGAAGGGAUUCAUCUUCUUCUUUAUUUUCGUUGCUACGAGCGUUUUUGCUUAUGAAAUCGUUACCGAUGGUCAACAAGAAUAUCUUUUGGUUCCUUUCGAAUCAUCAAGUUCUUUAGGACCUUUAGAUUCUGAAGUUACAGCGCGAGGAAGAGCAAAAAGACAAACUAGUGCAAUCUAUGAUAGUGCAAGUAGACGAGCAACUAUAAGUCAUACUGGAACUAUAAUUGAUAACAAUAAUCAUAACCUUAUGGGAACAGGUGCAAUUUCUGGUGGUAAACAUCAACCUUUUGGUGUUGGUGGAAGUUUGGAUUAUACUCAUAAGCCAAGUGCAAGUACUCUCAGUGCUUCAGCUAAACAUCUUGAUGGAUUAGGAACUAAUGUUGGUGUAUCUGGUCGUUAUAACUUCAUAAAUGAACGGAAUACUCAAGCAUAUAUUGGAGCAAAUUACGAUAGACAAUAUGGAGGACCUUCUGGAACGGGAAACCCCAACUAUGGUGUAUUUGCUGGGUUGACACACAGAUUUUAAUAACUCAGUUUAAAAAUUUAUUUAAAAAACUACAAUUUAUUGUUAGAUGUGCCAUUAAAAAUGUAUGAUUUCAUCAAAAAUAAUAUAAAUAAAAGUUCUAAUUUAAUAUUAUAGAACAUUAA